AUGCAUCGGAUCGAGUAUAUUGUGUCGGAGAGGUUAUUUGAGAGACUCUCCUCGGAAGAGCAAAAGCUUUGGCACUCUCAUGACUAUGAGAUCCAAACAGGUCUUCUAGUAGCUCCAAGGGUCCCUGAGCUUGUAGCUAAGUCUGAGCUUCAAAAUAUUGCAAAAACUUAUGGAAAGUUUUGGUGCACUUGGCAGACGGAUCGCGGAGAUAAAUUGCCACUAGGUGCACCAUCGCUCAUGAUGUCACCACAAGACGUGAAUAUGGGAAAGAUCAAGCCAGGGCUAUUGAAGAAACGUGACGAUGAAUAUGGAAUGUCGACGGAAUCUUUGAAGGGGUCUCGAGCUGGGAUUGUGGGACUGGAGAGGAAAAAUCCGAUGGCUGAUUAUUGGGUUCAUCACGGAAAAGGAUUAGCCGUUGAUAUAGUAGAGACGGAUAUGAACAGAUGUGCUCCCUUCCCAUAA